UCUGCCUCAAAACGGCUUCUCUCUGCUCUCAGUAAAUAGCUCGCAAAUGCCGGCUCUCAAGGCUGCCUCCUUACAGAGCCCAGACACCAGCUAAUGCAUUAUUUAGGGAAGGAGGCCACACACCCUGAGCCCUGGCCAGGACAAACAGCUAGCUGGGGAUACAGGCCGGUUUUCAGGUGUCUGGAGCCAUGGGCUAGCUUGGCGAGGGAGACACGGAGCCACACUUUGGUUCUUCCUAAAAGCUGGGUCUCUCUGGGCAUGUGUUGCUGGCCCAGGGCAGGCGGAGGCAACAUGCAGGCUGGGAAAGCGCAAGAGACUUAUACAAAGUCACAUACAGAAAGGAGCGGAGCAAUGACUGGUGCAGAGCUUCCCUUCUAGCAGUUUUAUGUGACUCCUUCCUCAACGUCAUCAGCAUCAAUUCAGAAAAAUAUCCUUCAAAUACACUCUCAUACUAAGAGACCAUGGCCAAGGGCGGGAAAGGCCCCAAGGGCAAGAAGAUCACUCUCAAUGUAGCCAAGAAUUGCAUCAAAAUCACCUUUGAUGGGAAAAAACGUCUUGAUCUGAGCAAGAUGGGAAUCACCACCUUUCCCAAGUGCAUCCUGCGCCUCAAUGAUGUGGAUGAGCUCGACCUCAGCCGGAACCUCAUCAGGAAGAUCCCAGACUCCAUCUCCAAGUUCCAGAACCUGCGGUGGCUGGACCUGCACAGCAACUACAUAGACAAAAUCCCUGAGUCCAUCGGUCAGAUGACCUCCUUGCUCUACCUCAACGUGAGCAACAACAGGCUGACCACAAACGGGCUGCCCGUGGAACUGAACCAGCUCAAGAACAUCCGCACUGUGAAUCUGGGCCUCAACCACCUGGACAGCGUGCCGACCACGCUGGGGGCACUGAAGGAGCUCCAUGAGGUGGGGCUAUAUGACAACCUGCUGAAUACCAUCCCUGCCAGCAUCUCCAAGCUCCCCAAACUGAAGAAGCUCAACAUAAAAGGGAACCCCUUUCCAAAGGCAAAUGAGACAGACACAUUUGUGGACACCAUCAAAAGGCUGGAAAAUCUCUAUCUGGUGGAAGAGAAGGAUCUGUGUUCAGCAUGCCUGCAAAAAUGCCAACAGGCCAGGAACAAGUUGAACAGAAUCAAGAGCAUGGCCCCCAUGACACCAAGAAAGGCCAUCUUUUCCAAUUUGGUUUCACCCAAUUCAAUGGCCAAGGAUUCCCAGGAAGACUGGAGGAUGCGUUCACCAUCUACCUCCUAGAGUAGCUUAUGGCAAAAACAUGAAGACCAAUCAGCCAACAGAAAUAAACGACUCUGAAGAGGAAAAGUCCCAAAUUAGAAGACAGAGUGGUAGAGGGAACAUUCUGGAAGACAGGUUCUCCGAUGCUACCCAAAUUAUUGAAUUGCUUUAUAAAUUUCACUUUGUCUCCCUUGGUUCUAGGCUCCCUGCUUGUGAAAAUGUCUUUGGAAGAUGUUGUGUGUGGUUUUCUGAAUGUAUGUAAAAAGAGUGCCUAAGAAAAUCAAAGAUUUUAUAAAUUAAUAGGCAAUUAAAGUCUUAAAAGUCUACGUUAAGACUGAAAGUUUCAGUCUCUACACGUCACUCAAAAUGGUACAUUCUCAUUACCAGUAACUUGUAAAAAUUACAUGUAUAUAAUUACAUUUAAUUAUGAAGGAGAUAAAACAUAUAAAAUAUGCACAAAGAGAAAUGUACUCAAACAUACUAUAAAUAGUUAAAGCCAAAUUUUAACUAUCCCCUUAGUUGUACACAAAAAAGCAACAAAAGGAAAAACAGGAAUCAAGGAAAGCACAGACACAAAAGGUAAGAUGGUCAACUUGUGUUCUAACACUUUAAUAAUUACACUAAAUGUAAACGGCCAAUUUUAUUUGUAGUGGUUCCAAACUAGAAACAACCAAAUGGCUUUCAAUCUACAAGUAGCUGAGCAAACUCUAGUAUCAUACCAUGCCUAUAGAGUACUACUCAGCAAUUACAAAGAAGUAUACUAUGAAUAUGCAACAACUUAGUCAGAUCUCAGUGAUAUUACUCCAGGGUUUAAAGGGCCAGUCUUCAAAUAUUGCAAACUGUGAUUAAGUUUAUAGGACAGUCUCUAAAUAACAAAUGAAAGUGUGAAAGGAAGUGUGCAGAAGUGACAGGGCAAGAACUGUCUCUGUAAUGACGGAAAGACAGCACUUGCACGAAUCUGCACACAUGACAAAACUCACAAAGAUGCAGACAUACAUGGAAUCGUCCUGGUUUUCAAACUGUGUAAGUCAGCGAUUAAGCAUGCUCU